AUGGACUUUGAGAGUCGUAUUAAAGCCUAUCGCUUUGUUGCGUAUUCCGCUGUCCUAUUUUCAAUUAUUGCUGUUUUAUCGGUUUGCGUCAGUUUGCCGAUGGUAUAUAAUUAUGUGCAUCAUGUGAGGAAGACUAUGAAUUUUGAAAUUGAUAAUUGUCGAGGAUCGGCUAAGGAAAUUUGGGAUGAAGUUAGAAUUUUGAAGAGCUCUUCAAAUCGAACAACUCGCCAGGCGAAUUAUGCGGUCGGGGGUGGUGCUCAAGGAGGUUGUGAGGCUUGUUGUACACCUGGAGCUGCUGGGCCGGCGGGUCAACCGGGGAAUCCGGGAAGACCGGGGAAACCGGGGGCUCCUGGGAACCCUGGAAAUCCUGGACGUCCGAAUACAACACCCUGUGACGCUGUUACUCCACCGCCUUGUAAGCCUUGCGCUCAAGGACCGCCUGGGCCGCCGGGUUUGCCGGGUGCGAUUGGGGAUGCUGGCCCGAAUGGAAGUCCAGGGUCACCGGGAAGUGAUGGAAUACCUGGGGGGCCUGGGAACAAGGGGCCACCGGGAGCACCGGGGAGCCCAGGAGCGCCGGGACAGCCAGGAAAACCUGGGCAAGAUGCGUCGAGUACAUCUUCUCCAGGAUUACCAGGACCUGCAGGGCCUCCAGGGCCACAAGGUCCCUCAGGACAACCAGGACCGCCGGGAAAAGAAGGAAGGCCUGGCGGGCCUGGAUUGAAAGGCUCUAAUGGAAAGCCUGGAUCAGCUGGUCGAGACGGUAAUCCGGGAAGUCCUGGGCAAUCUGGAAAUCCAGGGAGAUCAGGAGAAAAAGGAAUUUGUCCUAAGUAAGUUAAAAAAACAAAAUUUUAAAUCAAAAUGUUGCGUUUCAGAUAUUGCGCAAUUGAUGGAGGAGUCUUUUUCGAGGAUGGAACUCGUCGCUAA